AUGUCUGAGGUGAACAAUCUUAGCCAUCUUGGCUCGAAAGCUAAACAGAUUGUUUUAAAUGUAUACAAUUACUUUCUGAAGCAACCAAAGGAAGAUAACGGGUCGUGCAUUGAGCGCACUGUUCGGGCGACCGGGGUUGGUAAUAGGACUGUUUAUAGAAUUCGAAAGGAACAUAAAGACAGAGGACCAUUGAAAUCUCCACAGCGGUCUCAGAGAGGAGAUUAUAAACCUCUAGAUGACUUUGAUACAACUUUAAUUAGGAACAAAAUCCAUGAGUUUAAUACGGUACGUCGACAGCUGCCAACACUAAGAAACCUCCAUACAGUACUGAAAAACGACAUUAAGUUUCCUGGAAGUGUAUCAACUUUGAGGAAAGAAGUCAGACAGUUGGGCUUCCGCUGGAAGAGAACUUCAAACAACAGGAAAGUCCUUGUAGAGAAACCCUCUAUUGUAUCACAGAGGCUUUCCUUCUAUAUGAGGAAGAAAGAACUAGAAGAUCUAGGAUUUAAACUAGUGUAUGUGGACGAAACUUGGGUUGAUUCUGCAUAUUGUGCUAAACGAUGCUGGCAGGGACCAAACGCACCAGGGGUAUUAAUGCCGUGUAAUAAAGGACAGAGGUUGAUAGUUGUGCAUGCAGGAUCGAUAGAUGGAUUUGUUCCUGGGGCUCAACUUAUUUAUAAAGCCUCAUCAAGUACAGGGGAUUACCAUCGAGAAAUGAACGGCGAAAACUUUAAAAAAUGGAUGGAAACCCAGUUAAUACCAAACCUUGACUGCCCGUGUGCCAUAGUUAUGGAUAAUGCCAGUUAUCAGUCCGUCCAGACAGAGAGAUGCCCCACAUCAAACACUCGGAAAGAGGAUAUUAAGAUCUGGCUACAAAGACACAAUAUCUCUUUCAAUGACGCCUUGCUUCGUCCACAGCUUCUAGAGUUGGCACGAAUGAAUAGACCUCCUCCAACAUACGCCAUUGACCAACUCGUUAGAGAAAACGGCCAUGAAAUUCUGAGGCUGCCACCAUAUCAUCCCGAUUUUAAUGCAAUAGAGAUCAUUUGGAGCCAGCUAAAAGACAUUAUUCGUAAAAGAAAUACUACAUUUAGACUCGGGGAUGUUCAGAAGAUAACUAAUGAUGCAUUUGAAGAGAUUGGUGCGGACAGAUGGCUGAGUGCUUGCAAACAUGUAGACGCGGUUGUUGAGCAGCACAAAAACAAUGAUCAUGUCAUAGACGAUGUCAUAGACUCAAUUAUUAUAAAUCUGGCUGAUGACAGCAGCUCGGAUUCUGACAGCAGCACAGACACCGCGAGCGAAAUUGAGUUAUAA